AUCCCGAGCGAUAGCUAUAGAAACCGACCAGCUGGACGUACUCCCGGCCCAAAUCGAACUCCGCCGUCAAAGUGAAAUGUCCGACCAGAAGAAAGAGCAGCAGCAGCAGCAGCCGGAGUACGUCCAGGUCGGUCUGGAGCAGAUCGCGACCGAGCAGGGCUUCACGGCGUCCCGCUAUCGCAUCGAGUACGAGUCCGGCUCGUCCAACAAGGGCGAUGGCUUCGUGGGAACGCUGUUCAAGGCGUACAUCCGCGAGGAUGGCCGGGAUGAGUUGAAGCUGGUGGUGAAGGUUCUUCCGGAGCACGAGCUGAGGCGGCAGCAAUCGCUUGGGAUGUUCCACCGGGAGGCCAUGGUGUAUAAUGCGGUGAUGCCGUUGUUUGGGAAGUUCCAGGCCGAGCAGGGUUUGGAUAAGGAGGAAGGAUUUUGGCGGAUCCCCAAGUGCUACUACGCGAAUUGCGACCUGGAGAAGAUGGAAGCGGUGGUCAUCAUGGAGGAUCUCCAGCUGAAGGGAUUCCGCAUGUGGAACAAGUCGAAGCCGGCGGAUCUUGAGCAUUCGCUGCUGUUGAUGAAGCAGUUGGGAGCGUUUCACGCGGUGUCGUUCGCCAUGAAGGAUCAGCAGCCGGAACAGUUUGGUCCGUUCAAGCACCUGGUUGAUCCGAUGAAGGUGAUGAUCGACAUGGAUCCCAAGAAGCAGAUCCACGCGUUGUUUGGCCAGAUGUAUGAUCGAGCGGCUACGACCCUGGAGGAAGUCGAUACGGAAGCGAAGAAGGCCUUCGAGAAGCUGAAGGGAACCGUUGUAGAUUCGUACGUGGAGUGUGUGAGUUCGGAAGCGGCGGAGCCUCACGCCGUGAUCGGACACGGAGACUGCUGGAUCAACAACAUGAUGUACACCUACGAAGACAAGAACCCGAACCCCAAAGACAUCCGGCUGAUCGACUGGCAGCUGUCCCGGUACGUGUCCCCGAUCCUCGAUCUCUCGUACUUUAUCUUCAUCUGCACCGAUGAAGACUUCCGCGCCAACCACUUCGACCAGCUGCUCGACUGCUACUACGAUUCCCUGUCCGAGCACCUGAAGAAGCUCGGCGGCAACGCCGAACGCCAGUUCCCCCACGCCACCUUCCAGGAUCACUGGAAGCGGUUCGGCCGCUUUGGACUGCUGAUGGGACUGAUCGUGCUGCCGAUCGUGUGCACCGCCAAGGAGGAGCUUCCCGAGAUGGAGGACUACAUCGACCGGGCCGAGCAGCAGCAGGACGCGGAGUUCAACUUUGGCACGUCGGAGCAGGCGCAGGAAAUGUACCGCACGCGGAUGGCCGGCAUGAUUAGGGACGUGGUGCGGUUGGGUUAUCUGUAGAGUUUGGGGAAUUCGAGGGGUGCGCUGCAUAAUCGAUUAGGGGGAGGGCGGGCUUAUCUGAGCAGUACAAUAAAUGAGACAUUGAUUGUACG